AAAAAAACAUCUCCAGGCAAAUAUGGGAAGACCGAUGACGAGGGCAAGGGUGUGCAUUUUCCUGAUAAUCGCCGCCGCCUUGGCGGCAUCAGCGGCGGCGACGGUCGUGCACAGCACCCCAAAAAAGCAACUGAGGAAGCGGCGGCCCGCCCACAACAAAGUGGGCGGACUGAUCCCGGCGGUCUUCGUGCCGACCCUGAACCUGGAGCAGCAGGACUACCUGAAUGCCCACAACGACUUCCGGCGGUCGGCGGGGAUGCCGGCGCUGACGUGGGACGCGAAGCUGGCAGCGGUGGCGCAGGCGUGGGCGGAGAGGCGGCGCGGGGACUGCAACUACCGGAGGCACUCGAGCAGCCCCUACGGCGAGAACAUCUUCUUCAUGAAGUACAGGGAGUUCUCGCCGCGGGACGUGGUGCAGUGGUGGUUCAGCGAGAGCAAGAUGUACGACAGCAGGCAGCUGCGGUGCCGGUGCGCGCCGGAGAGGGAGGGGUGCGAGUGCGGGCACUUCCUGAACGUGGUGUGGCGGAACACGAAGAAGGUGGGAUGCAGCGGCAUCGUUUACUGCAAUGAUCAGGGCGGCGUCUACAUCGUGUGCGAGUAUGAUCCGCCCGCGCUCAUGUCGGGAGCCAAUCCCUUCACCGGCCUCCGUUCUUGAUUAAGGCUUUCACCUAUUUUUGUAUGCAUUAAUCGUCAUCGAUUCUUUGUUUAUUUCUGGAGUAAUGUUUUUUUCAAUGUGCCAAUUUUCGAGUAACAUGGAAUGUGUUUAUUUGUUCAAA